UGUUGAUAAGAGAUUACGUGUUUUUAUUUUAUGUGUGCAUUUCCAAAAUUUAAGAAAUAUUGUGUGAUAAUAGUGGAAAAUUGUUCGUCAUGUCUACUUGGGUAAAUGAGAACAGUGUUUCUUUUUUCCAACUUUUCUGCAUAAAAGUUGUAAAGUGCGGCCGUGUACCUCAGCAUAUCGCUUUUAUAAUGGAUGGGAAUCGUAGAUAUGCUAAAAAACACAGUGUACAAAGUAGUAAGGGGCACUCAGAAGGAUUUAAUAAACUGUCAGAAACAUUAAAGUGGUGUCUGGAUCUAGGCAUACCCGAGGUGACUGUCUACGCAUUCAGUAUAGAGAACUUUAAGAGAACAGAAGAGGAAGUUAAUGGAUUGAUGGAUUUGGCUCGAGACAAGUUCCAAAGGCUACUAGAUGAAAUAGACCAGAUAAACGAGUGGGGCGUAAGACUUCACGUGGCCGGACGCCUGUCACUGCUGCCCGAUGACCUGCAGACACUAGUAGCCAAAGCUAUGCUCUUGACCAGGCACAACAAUAAGCUGAGGCUCAACAUUGCUUACUCUUACACUUCCCGUGAUGAAAUCACUCGCGCCGCGUCGCAAGUCAUCGAAGGUGUGAGGAACAAGGAGCUAACCGCUGAUGAUAUAGACGAGGAGCUCAUUUCGGAGACCUUAGAGCUGAGCCCGCCCGACCUCCUCGUCAGGACCUCGGGCGAGGUCAGGCUAUCAGACUUCAUGCUUUGGCAGAUCUCCGACACCGUCCUCUACUUCACCGACGUGCUCUGGCCAGAGUUCACAAUCUGGAGCCUGCUGGCCGCCAUCAUACAUUUCCAGAGACACGCCACGGAGCCCGCGCCGGAAGUAGACUUGAGCGACCGGAAGCGAGCGUUCACGGACAAGCUAGAGGUCAAGCGGUGGCAGCAGUUGGAGAAAUAUAUUACGUAAU